UAAGACAGUAGUUCGCUAUUUCACGUGACGGACGUAUAUAACAUUUUGCUCAUUACACUUCUAGAACGCGGGAAACUGAUCCUUGUAUGAUGAAGCUGUCACUGAGGUUGGCUGUUUUAACGAUCGGCUUUGUCACCGUCAUAGCGGCUCCUGUUGCUGAUAACGGUCACGAGAAUGGCGAUCUUCAAGCUGAUGUUCCCGUUAAGGAAUUGGAAAACCUUAAAAUGGAAGAGUCGAGCAAGGAAGUCGAUCCCGGUAUCCAGAACAGGGAACAUGUGGAAAUCCACAGACUUGGCGCUGUACAACAAAACGGUGAAUUGGUAUCACGUGUAGAACAGCAUGCAUCCGCUGAUAGCGUUGGUGAUGAGAAGCCAAAAGUACACGCUCAGACACAGCUUGAUGUGCCGGCUGAGGGAGUCCACAAAAUGAUUAUACAGGAUGGAACUCAUGUUAGUGUAUUGGAAGGUACCGUUCAUACCACUCCAGCCACUGAGGAACAAACUACCAAGAUAUUCCACGGAGCUGCGCGUUUGGUUCAGACUGGAGCGGCCGCUAAUACUCCAACCAAUGGACACACCGCUGUAAGAAGAGCUUUCAACGAUGUAACAAAGGAAUUUAAGAAGAACGAACGCUACCCAUACGCUGGUAUCCAGUAUUCACCUUUAGACAUGGCGGAGUACGUCUUCUGGACGGGCGACGAACGUGGCGUCACCACGGCUAUAGAAGAUUUCCUCCAAGAAGGAAUGAUGACUAAAGAAGACGCCAUCGCCUUCCUACAAGAGAUCAAGUUUAAUAUCGACUACCUGAGAGCUCAUUAUACGCAGAAUCUCAAAGCAGCUGAGGAAAACGCCCAACAAGAAAAGCUGAGAAACUUUAUCAUGGAACAAAACGCUAAGGAGUACCAAUAUCGUCCGACGCCUCUCCAAUUCCCCUUCGGAAGUAGCCCCGAGGUGUUCAGGACUCUACCCGGGAAGACCUGGGAUGUCAACAAUCUAGGAGUUAUCCCAUCUAUGCAAGUUUCCAAUGACCUUCGACCUGAACCCGUCAAACGGACCUACGACCCAAUGCUCCAGACUAAUGUUAUCAGCACAUCGGACUACGACCGUGACGGUCAGAUCAUCAGUGAGGAGGAAUACGAAGAGAUGAUGGACAAACUCCGCGCCGCUGACUCGCUCUACACGGAGUAUACCCUCGAAGAAAUUAUAUAUCAACUGGCGAAGAUGAUGUUCUCCCAGUCUUUGUACCGCUCUCCAUCAUCAGCGCGCGCCGCCACACAGCGGUUCAUGACCUUCCUAGAGCUGGAGGCCGAGCGGGGACAGCUGUCGAGGACCAUCGAGAAGAAGGUUUUGGAUGUAAUGAUGGCAGCUCUAACGGACACGAUCGGUGACCAUCCCGAGUUACUUCAAGCGCGAGACGGUCUUGGUAUCGCUCCUGCUAAUCGAAUAAUGAAUCAAUUUCUGGAAACGAGUGCGUCGGAGCCGAGUAUGUCACGCGCCAUUCUCGCGGCUUACAAGGACGAACUACUCAAAGGACCCCCAUUGCACAAACUGGGCUUCACAGACCGAAACUAAAUGUAAAACUAAAUAAAAAUCUUCAUUAUUGUAAUUUAUUUUAUUUAUUGGAUUUUGCUUUAUAAAUUUUGGCAAUAUUGUUAAGCCAAAUUGUAGCCAAAUUGUUUAAACAUUUUACGGUACAAGUGUUACCAUAUUUAAAUCAAUGUUUACAUGUUAGCUUUCAUAUUCAGUCAUUUUAAUUUGAGUCCUUUAAGAUUAAUUAAUAGGUACCUGACAAUGUUUUGUUAAAAAUUAUGAUGUACAAUAAAAAAAAUAUGUGUCCAAAAUAGUUGUAAAAUAUCAAGUUAUUUAUUCCAAAAAUCUUGAAUCUAUAUUUACAAAAACUAUUUAAAAAUGCUAAUGGCUUUUAGAGAAUUAUAGCAAGUUUUAUCAGAUUUUAUUAUAUGUAUAAUAAAGGUGCUUACAGGUAUAUUCAUAAAAAUUACCUCUGGUAUAUAUUUUUUUCCAUACCUACUUCAAAUACCAAAGACAUGUUAAAUUUAUAGAAAUCUGUCGUCUGCAAGCACCUUUCUAGUAGCUUAGUCAUAAGUGAUUUAUAUAAAAGUAUUAUUAAUAUUCCAUAGUAAAAUAUCUAAUCAGAUAUUCUUAUUACAUAUUUUUCUACUUAAUCUUCUUAAAACGUGGUGUGCUUUUUGGAUAUUAUAACAGCAUCAGAAUUAUGAAAUUUCUAAUGUUUAAUAACAAUUUGGUCAUCAACAAAGCCUCAUAUCAAUGAUAGCAACAUAUCAAAAUUCAAUAUUUUGAAGUUUAAAUGAGAGUAUGCCGGAAAGCACAUCACUACAUAUCUUUCUAUUUACAUCUUCCUUAAAUGGAUAAGACUCGGUGAAAACUUAUUAGAAAUUAAAAUAUCUGCAAGACUAAAAUUCAGCAUUGUUAGGAUCGAUGCUAAGGGAUCGGCGUAAAAUUUAUUAUAUUUAUAUUAUUCUUUGACAUUUAAUAAAAAAUAUUUAAUGUCA